AUGAUUCCCGCAUAUCUUGUCUAUCGACAUUAUCAAAAGAAAAGAGGACCGGUGAUAAUGGAAGCUUUGGAUGAUAUGACCAGUAUUCAUUCUUCAUUCACACGUGAGGCUUUCACGCUUCAAGGAGUUGCUGCGAAACGAGUUGUGGAAGGUGAAGACACAGAAGACUGUUAUAUCAGUGGGAAAUUAUCGUUAAUUGAGAAACCAUAUGCUGUAAUGAUUGAAUGGAUUCCUAUGGAAGAAGAUGGUUGGGUUCUUGCAGCCGAAGAUGAAAGUGAAAAUCUUUCAACAUCAUCAGAUAGUGGCGAAUCACGUCGAGAUCAUAUAAAUAAGCUGAAAUUUUCAGUUGACAUUAAAGAUUUGCGAUCAUUUCAAUGUGUUGAGCCUAAGAAAGGAUAUCCUUGGAUACGCUUUAUCGGCAAGGAUGGUUCGGGCUAUAUACCACUAUAUUUUCGUCAAGGUGGAAUAUCUUCUUUUACUGAUAAUUUGCAAAGAUAUACUACACUAAAGCGUUCAGCUCGCGAAGCAAAUUUGGUACUUUUCACGGACGAACGUCUUGAAGCUUUGGAACAAUCUGUCUCAAUUUUGGAUUUGAACAGUGAUUUCUUUUCGCGAAUGAUGGCACAACCGUAUGCAACAGCAAUGACAGGGCUUGGAAAAGUGGCAACAUUUGUCCAAGAACAGGUUAUACCUUCUAUAUUGGAAUCCGAUGCAGUGAGCGCAGAAGAAAAAAUCAGAGCAAUGAGAGAGUUGAGAGAAAAAGAAGAUGAAGCGGCAGGCGUUCUAAGGUCGCAUGAUGACGCAGGAUUUGAACUUAUAACACAUUUAGAAUUGCCACAGCGUCCAGAAUUCACAAGGGAACAGCCAUUAACCGAAAUACUUUGGCAAAAGUAUAAAAUGCCUGAUGGUUCGAUCAGAGAUGUUCAUUCGUUAAAAGUACUGAUCUUCCGUGGUGGUUUGGAUCCGUCGUUAAGGAAGGAAGCGUGGAAGUAUCUUCUUGGCGUAUAUGACUGGAAGAAAUCUUUUGCUGAAAAUGAAGCUAUGUAUAAAACGCUUUCCGAGGAUUAUUAUCGCAUGAAACUACAAUGGAAAACGAUAAGCAAAGAUCAGGAAAACAGAUUUAGUGAAUUUGCUGCUCGAAAGGCUUUAAUUGAUAAGGAUGUAUCGCGAACAGAUCGCACGCAUGCUUUUUUUGGUGGUUGUGACAAUGGUAAUCUCAUACUCCUCAACGAUAUUUUGAUGACGUAUUGUAUGUAUAACUUUGACCUCGGCUAUGUACAGGGAAUGAGUGAUUUCCUUUCUCCUUUGCUUGUUGUACUGCAGAAUGAAGUUCAUGCUUUUUGGGCUUUUGUUGGAUUGUUAAAAAGAGUGCACAGAAAUUUCGAAUUGGACCAGUCCGCCAUUAAAAAGCAGCUGAUGGAUUUGCGUGACCUUCUUAUGGUUGUUAAUCCCAAAUUGGCCAAUUAUUUAGAGAGUCAUAAUUCUGACGACAUGUACUUCUGUUUUCGAUGGAUGCUAGUUGUCUUCAAACGGGAGUUUUGUUUCGAUGAUAUUAUGCGAUUGUGGGAAGUUUUAUGGACCGAUUUGCCCUGCUCGAAUUUUCAUCUCUUAAUCUGUGUGGCAAUCCUUGAUCAACAAAUGAAUUUUAUCAUUGAAAACAAAUUUGGUUUGACAGAAAUUCUUAAACAUAUAAAUGAUCUAUCGAUGCAUAUUGAUUUAAAUGAUACGUUAACUUCGGCGGAAGCUAUAUUUCAUCAGCUCGCGGCCAGUCAAGACAAACUUCCAAUUCAUGUGUGUAAAAUUCUUUCACUGGGUGAUUCUUCUGAUUCCAGCUAA